AUGAGGACAAAAUUCAGCAAAGUCAUCACCCCCAAANGGAAGCGCCUGUUCAGCCUGAUAAAUGAUCUGCCCACCAUCUUUGAAGUUGUAACAGAAAGGAAGCCUAUAAAGGACAAGCCCAGUGUGGAUAGCGGAAGCAAAUCUAGGAUUAGCACAAAGAGGUCUAUUGAUGGUCAGGCAAAAACUAACCCAAAGUUAUAUGAUGAGGGUUAUGGAGAGGAUGAUGAUGAACACAGUGAAACUAUUUGUGGGAGCUGUGGUGGGAAUUAUGCUGCUGAUGAGUUUUGGAUUGGGUGUGACAUCUGUGAGAGGUGGUUCCAUGGAAAGUGUGUGAAAAUAACUCCAGCAAAGGCUGAAAAUAUCAAGCAGUACAAAUGCCCUUCAUGCAGCACAAAAAAGGGCAAGCAGUAGUGACUAAAUUAAAGCUUUUACAAGGCUUAACCUCUUGUUUUACAACAAAAUGUUAUUCUUCUAGUUUUGGUUCUUUGUACCUUUGAGUGGUUAAAGUUCAGGUUUCUCAUCCUUCCCAUGCAUGUUUCUGUAAAAUGUUAGGUCUUUGUUUCAUAAUUACAAUUAAUUUCAGAAAAUGUUGCUUAGUAGUCAUUUUCAGGGGCUUGCAUUGUCCCUUUUGAGUUAGCCAGAUUAUUAUUCUGUUUUUAGGGGGGAAUCAUGUUCUAUGAUAUUGUUGAAGAUCACAAUUUUACUUAUCCUAGCUUCUCUGGUAUGGUACAUGACUUUCAUAUACCAAUGUUAUUGACUGAUACUUGACCUUUGGUUAGCAUGGUAGA